CGAUGAUUGCACGACUAUAAAUGCAAAAUAAAAGAUCACUUGUUUGAUUCGAAAAUUAAUGGAAAAUAAUGUUCGCAGAUCAUCCAUAUCGAGAGCUUAAUCGUCUAGUGUGAAAACGAAAUGAAAUAGCGAUUAAAAAACCACUGGGAUUUUAAAUAGCGUUCGCCGCGCGAACAUUCGCUUCGUGUGAAAGUCUUAAGAACAGUAAUUUUACGUACAUCUUUCGUAUUAUGCGAUAAUGCAUAUCGGUGGAAGUCUACUAUUAGUGUAUAUAAUUAAUUUAAAACAACCAAUGGUAUUGUCAAACUGAUUUAUAGAUAUGAAGUCGACCUAUGAAUGAUUGUUCCAAAUUUCAGCCCGGUCGGAGAACGAAGAGCCCGGGUCGGGGCAGUUUAGUCUGGUCAGUGAAAUCCGGGUCAGUAAAUUAGUCUUCCCCUUAAAUAACGAUUAUUACGUCAAUUUAGUGUUAUAAAUAACAUAAUAUUUAAUAAAAUAUUAAAAUUUACUUUUUUCGGUGUAAAUUCAUGGAACAAUCUCGACUCCACCCACGUCAUAUCCGUCAAUGUAGUUUGAUUUACAAUUAAUUACGUUUUACGCCAUCUGUCUUUUCGUAAGACACGUCAUAAUUUCAAUAAACACGUUACUGAAAGACAAAUUCCAUAAGUACCACUAACGUUAUUUUAACCGACGUCACAACUUUCCGAUAUCAGCUUAAGCUGAUAACAGCCGUCACCCGUUAAAAACAAAAAAAGUGUGUACGUAUUUUGCUUGUUCAAUUAUUCAUUUCGUUUAAUUUUCGCAACGCCUUCAGCUAUCGUGCUGGAGUAACUUGCCAGAGCUCCAAGAACUGUGAAAAAUACAAAUCGCCUAUCCGUCAACACAUCCGUUCCCGAUGCAUUCAUUACUGGCCCGGGGCAAUGCCGUGCUAGCGUACACGCUCAGCGUUCUCGUUACGCUCACGUUCGCUUGUUUUCUGUCCACAAUCAUGGUCGAUUACCGAACGGCCACCGAGAUGAAGACUCUGAAGAUCGAAGUGUAAGUACAUCCAGACAUCCCGUGAGGCGGUUCUAUCGUUAUUGUAACAUUUGUAUGAUAACCGAAUGAAUAUUUUGUUUUCAGAAAAAACUUACCAGAGUACGGAGUCUCCAAGAAGCUCAACGACUUGGGUCACAUAACAUUCAACCUCGAUACAGAUAUCCUUUUUUUCAUCACUAUAAAGUAGUAUACCCUUAUCGGGUUUUUUUUUUUGUCUUAUAGCUUGUGUCUGGCCAACUCAGAAAUCUUGGGUAUUUAAACUAAAUAAGAAUCGUACUAAACAAUUUUUGACGAUUAACCCCGAUUAAGAUAUAUUUUGUACCUACUUAGCAUACAGUUCACCAUAUCCAUAUGGACCAAUUAAAAAAUUAAUACAAUUUAUAAAUACCUAUAACCGUUUUGAAUGACUCAUUCAAUAUGUUCAAUGUUUAUUUUUUUUCGUUAUACAACUUCAUAAUAGCCAAUCAGUUUUUGAAUAAUUUCACCUAAAUUUUAGUUUCUGAGUGGAGCGAAGAAGCUUUUGGUUUUACAAAGAUGAUUAUAUUUUUUAAACUAUUGUUUCUUUUUCAUUUUGUUAUUGGAGUGUUUUACUUUUCAUUUCUUUAUAUAUAAUUAUCAAUCGAUAAUAAAUUCUUCUCAGGUUCAGUAAUUUUAAAGUUAUAAUAUUUAAUUUUAAUUAUUUUUGAGACAUUUCUAAAACAAAUUAUGCAGGUAAUAACAUAUAAAAUGUAAACAAAAUAUUCAAAUGUAAUGUUAUUUUUUCUUAAUCAUCAUUAUGCACAUCUUACUAGUCUUUUCAAUUGGAACGUGAAACAAUUGUUUGUGUAUAUGACUGCAGAGUAUGAAACACCAACAAAUGAACUUAAUCAGGUAAAUGUGUAUAUAAUAUAACAUUAUUUGAUUGAAUGUUGUGUAUAUUUUUCUUAAUUUUUACAGAUAAUUUUAUGGGACAAGAUUAUUCUGAGAGGUGAAAACUCCAAUUUGCAUCUAAAAAAUAUGCGUACGAAAUAUUACUUCUGGGAUGACGGAAACGGUUUAAGGUAAGUAAUAAAAGAGUUUAAUUUUCAUGAAUAUAAUAAUAUAUUUGUUUUUAACAUCAAAAAAAGACACUUAGGUUAAAUUUAAGACUAAAAAACGUAUAACAUAAUAUAUAUUUUUGGGUAUAAUAUAAUGUGCUCUGAAUACUUUUUCAUUUUUGAGAUAGAUUCAAUCUCAGUUAAUAAAACUAAAUCACAUAACUGUAUGAAAUAAUAUCAAUAAAAUAUAUAAAUAGUGUAGGUAUAUCAUUGACAAAAAAAUUAUAUUCAUAGGUCGUUGAUUAGGUUGAAUUCAAUGUUGCUAUAAAUAUUAUAAAUUAUUUCUUAUAUUAAGACUAGUAAAUUUGUAUAACUCAGAUUUGCUUCUUAAUAAUAAUUUGUAUUUUGUUUUUAGAGGAAACAAAAACGUUACAUUGACACUUUCGUACAACAUUAUACCAAAUGUAGGUCGACUGCCAAUUAUAGGUGCUAUUGGAUCUCACACGUUUAGUUUUCCUUCGCAAUACACCCGAUGAUGACUGCACGUUCCUGAUUUGAAAAUAUUAAUAUAAUAUAAUUAUACAAGUUGAUAUUAAGAUUUUUUUUUUUUCUGUGUUCAAAAUACAAUUAUGAUUAAUAUUACAUAUUAGUUAUUAUAAUUUAAAGGGUUGAACAUCACCAUUAUCAUUUUGACAAACACAUAUUUAAUAUAACAUUUUCAACAUAUUUUUGAUAAUCAAUCCGAUCGAUGCAGUGAAAUAAUAGUUCUGGAUUUUUUUCUUUUUUCUUUUUAAAAUCUUAAAAUCAUAUUUUUGAAAAUUUGAAUAAAAUACUUAUCUUAUCGACACUUUUAUGGUGAAAAUUCAAAUCUACCAUUCUAAUUAAAAUAGUAAUUACUUCAUUACAUUGAUCGAAAUGAUUGCUGAACAAACAAUUUAAAUUGCUAUGCUGUGUACGUAUAAGAGUAUAAGAAAAAGAAUAUUGUUAUCAAGAUAGUUUUUACUAUUAAAAUUAAGGUCCAAACGUGACAGUGUCCAUUAAUGUUUGUAUUUUCUAAGUUAUUUAAAUGACACAAUUACGUAUGGCUUUGAAUUUAAUAUCUUAGUAUUAUUUUGAUUAAGUAAUGGUAAUGUAUUAAGUUUAUGUAGAUUUCUUGAUUCCAUCUGGUUCUUUUUCUGUGGACAAAUCGGUUGAUAUAUUCAAUAGUUUUCUGAGAGUCUGAAAAGAAAAAAAUAAUACAUAACAUUAAUAAAACAUAGUCUAAUAAAUAUGUGCAACAAUACAAGUAGAUUACUAGUUUGAAAUUAUUGGAGAUAAGCUUUAUAUGUAUAUUGAGUGACUCUGCCCAUUAAUCACUUUGCUCACCCAUCCCCCAUAUCUCGUAUUAUAUGGUUAGAUAAACAAAAUAUAUGAAAGAUCUAAAUAUCAAAACUUUUUUAAAUAUUGAAAGAUAUGGUAAUAGUAUUUUACUUUAUUUUCUUGUUAAAAAUCAAUUUUAAUUUUUUAGUUAAAAUAAAAUGUAUAAAUUUAAUUUAAUUUUUAAUAAGUAAUUACUUUUAUAUUUUCACAAAAUAAAUAAAUACGAGGCUUUUCGACAAUAACUUCAAAUAAAAAUAGCGUGUCUCACCAAGACUGUGCUUUCAUAUGAUUAAUUUGUCCUCUCAUUUAAAGUACUAUCUUUCUCAUGCCACUAAAAUGACAUUUAUUUUAUUAUUUUCAACAUGUUCUAUUUUUUAAUACCUUUAAUUAUAUAUUAUGAAACAAAACAUUUUAUUGCAAAUGUCAUAUUGAAUAUUAAACCAAGAGUUAAUUAUUUAUAUUUGGUAAAAUUUAAAUAUAAGUAAAAGGACAAAAAAUAUACCACAAACUGUUCAACUUCACUUAAUUUGAAUUACUUUAAAAAAUGGUUUAAUAUAGGUACAAAAUGUAUAGUACAUUAAUUUAUUUUGCAAAAAUUAUUUAGAUUUGAUGCUAAUAAAAAAAUUUAAAUAUUAUUAACAUUUUUCUACAUUAAAGGAUGAUGUUGCUUCAAAAAUUCCAUUCUUCCAAACUAAUAUUAUUUUGAAAGUGGAAAUUAAUUUCCGAAAAUAAAAAUUAUUAUUAUAAACCUUUUAGUUAUUCAGUUAAAGGUCAACAUUUUUUAGCCUUGUUUCGUCAACUUUGCUACUUUUGAAUUCAAUAUCAAACCUUCAAAGUAUUAUAUACUUUUUUGUAUAACUGUUUAAAUACCACGUGAAAUUCUGGUUUCACUUAAAGGUUUUUCAGGACUCACAUUGUUAAAUUUUGAUACAGUAUUAUUUUAGUAAAACUCAGUAACAAAAAUAUGUCGCACCACAAUUUAAAUGUGACAAAUUGUUCUUCUAUUUUCCUUGCACUCGCCAUGCCAAAUUUGUACCACACAAAAUUUCCUUUACGUUUUGUACAAACCUCUGAACAGUAAACACAAAAAACUAUUUUUUUAUAUAAUUGUACAAAUUUCACAAAAAUGACAUUUUACUGUACUUGCAUAAAUUAUGUAUGAUAGAAAGAGGAAUGUGGGCGGUUUGCGUUUGAGCAAUUUUCCAUAAUGCGCUUGGGCAAGUGAUUUUAAAAUAUUGUAAUGUGUUUGGGCGAUCCAUUUUCCCUCUCAUUUUGACAGACUUUGGACUGUUUAUAAAAUCCACGAGUGUGAUUAAAUAUUUUCAAUCAAAAUGCAUUGUUUGUUUCGUAUUGUAGUAAAAGCGUUUUUUUAUUUUUAUGAUCCAUAUUUAGUUUCUAAUGUUCGAGCAAACACAAUAUUUAAAAAACUAUAAUUUUUAAGUUUAAAUCAUUAAAUAUUAUUACUUACAAAGAAAUCAUAAUUUUUACUACCUUAUCUGAAUGAUGAUACUUGAAAACCAAUAAAUUGUGAAAUAUUAUGUGCAAGUAUUUUAUUACAUUUUGUAUGUUGUUUAUAAUUUUAUCUAUUAUAUUUUAUAUUGAACUUAUCAUACUUGCUCGGACAUCUGUUAUUAGAAAUUCGCUCAAACACAUGGUGAGGAACUUGCCAAACACACUUUUUUUAUUAUGUGGGAAAUAAAAUAUAAUUCUCCCAAAUGCAAGACACCCGAGGAAUGUAUAGAUUUCACAAUUAUAUUUAUUUUAUUUUUUAUACUAUGUACAAAAACCUAGCUCUGAUGUGUCAAGAUUAGCAACUUUUAUGAAAGAAAAUUUUUCUAGAAUAGUACUGUAGGGAAGUCAUUUUUUGAUUUUUCAAGUAGUUUUUAAAGUAAUUGAAAAAAAAAAAUGAGAAAAUUUAUGAAAUUAAUGUUUUAAUGUUGUAAUUUAUUUUCAAAUGUUCGUAGAAACUUGAAAUUUAUACAGAAACAUUACAUUUGCCUUUUUAAAAGUGGCAAAAUUUUACAAGCUUAUUUACAUAGAUACUCUGUGUAAAAUUACAUUGUACUUGGACAACAAUAAAAUGUUUAGUUUAAUGAAAUUUUUUUUUUAUAAGAACUUUAAUAUCAAAUGUUAAUAAAAAUCUUAAAAAUAUUAUGACAUUUUAAAAACAUAUAUAACCAAACUCGUUCAGAAUUGUUUUUCGCUAGCAAUGAUUAAUUAUUAUAUACAAAAAUACAUUAAAUUCCCCUCUAUAUUCUACCUUCUCAACUUCUCACAUACAACAAUGGCCUACCCAUCGUGCAAAGUUUGUCUGUCUUUUUUCGUAUGAUCCAGAGUAUGAAAUAUUUCAUUUGAAGUUUUUGUUUGUAAUAAUUAAAAAUAAAUAAUGUAAAUAAAUAUAUAAAUAAAAAAUGUAUACAUAAAAAUUAAAUAAAUGAACGAAUGUGUCGCCUGAAGUAUUAUGAUAAGUGUAUUAUACAACCGGUUUCGAAUUAAAAAUUUAUCAUCGGGUAUAUUACAGUCAAAAUGUAAAACGCGACUCAAAAAAUACAGUUUUAUUUCUAAGUAUUCCUUUAUUGGUUCAAUUUUAUAUAAUACUUUAUAAACUCAUAAUACUGACUAAUAUUACAGUAUUGAAUUCCUAUUAAUCUUUAAUUAUUUUUCUUACUAAGUCGUACACAAUACUGUACCAAUAAAUAUUGUAUUUGAUCAGAAUUUAACAAUGCAACUACUGGGGAAACACUUCCCUGAAAUGUGAAUAAAAAAAACCUUGUUUUCUUGUGUUUGUAUAAUUUUACACAAUUUCAAAAAAAAAGUACACAAAACUGUCAAGGUUGAGUAUUGAAAUUUGACAGUGACUGUGUUAGUGAAAUAGAGCUACAUCUUUAAAUUAUACAUUUUAUUUAAAUAGAAGUGAUAUAACUAAAUGUGUAAAGCAAAAUGGUAAAUUGUAUUUUCACUGUAGCCUCACAUAUAUUGUUAUUAAAAAUUGGUAACAAUUAUUUAAACUAAAUACCUUGACUUGUGCAAACUCUAUAAUAUAUUGAAUUUAUAAAAACAAUUUUUUGUUUAGAAUAAUUCUAAAAUAUAUUUUUGUAUGAAUUAUUAAUAAAAAAAAUGUAUAUGUUAUUCAAAUUAGCACUUAUCAAACAUAAUUAUCUAACAAAAUUAAACAUAUUAAGAGACCUGGUGCCAGAACCUUUUUUGACUAAAAACAUGCUCUACAGGAAAAACUCUCAUGCCUUUUAGAAUUUUUUUCUUUUUCAAUGAUAAUUAUUAGAUGAAAAGAAAAAGACUACUUCCUACAAUCACAUUGAACUAUGUUUUAUUAUAUUUUCAUCCCAGAUUUGUAAUGUUUAAGUUAAAAAACCAUCAAUGUUUAACUUUUACACACCAUUAGUUUUUAAUACUGAAAUUGGUAAUAUAUGUAUACACAAAAUAAUGGCUAUAUAUAAUGGUUAAUAAUGGUAUUGGGAGAAUAAAGACAAAUAUUUAUUUAAUAUUUACCUACUAUGAAAAUUACAAUUGGAUAUUCUUAUAAUAACCGAUAUGGAUAAAUUGACUACAAAUGUAUUAAAUUUAUUAUUUAAAAACCCCAGAGUCCAAACAUACAAUGUAACAUAAAUUUUGUACCUAUCCCUAUAACAUAUUAGUUCAUACUAUUCUAUAUAGGGAUUUUUAAUCAAUAAAUUAGAAAAAUAAGAUAAAUAUAUAUAGAUUAAUAGAUUUCCAACAAAAGUAGGCAAUAAACAAUAAUAUACAUAAAUCAUGUUUUUAAAUAGCUACCUAAUUAUUUUUGAAAUUUUUUAUUUUUUUAAAUGUAUUAUAUUAAUUUACAAUUGGACUUUUUUCCAAGCCUUCUUUUCAAUACCUAUAAAAAUAAAAUUUCUUAAGAUGCCGCCAAUAACUGUAUUUUUUCCUUGGGGGUUUAUUUUUCCUAUGUCACUUUUAAUUACUUAUGUAACAUAUUGUAUAAAUCGUAAUUUCUCACAAUACAGAUAAAAAUAUAUAUAUAUAAACUGUUAUAAAUUUAUUUAUAAAUUAGGUGAAUGUGUAUAGUACUUUCUUUUUCAACAAAUUUAAAACUUGAUAUUAACAUUUUACUUGUUAGUUUAAUAAUUAUGAAACUAUUAAAACUUAUAAAAUAACAAUCAGAAACUUUAAGUUAAAUAAAAUAUUAAUACUAUAUUAAAUAAUAUUAUGUACCUGAACUAUAGCUUUAAAAUUAUAAAGGAUAUUAGCAAAACGAUUAUACAAUAAUAAACACUUGAAUUAACAAUAUUUCUAUAAAGCAUGUUUGGACCUGUUAAACAAAGUGUAAGUACGCUUUGAAAUAAUUUAUCGGUAACCACCUUAUAAAUUUAUAACAUUAAGUGAAAAAAGUGACUCAAGUAAAAAAUAAUUUACUAAAACAGACCUAUUAUUAAUUAUACCUAUUUAUGAAUAGGUAAUACAACUUGCUUAUCUGUU